AUGGAACAAGAUACCCAACUCCCAAUCCCAAGCAACCACCAAAACGACGACGUUUUCUUCGACGCCCUCGACGAUUUCCCUCCCUCCUCCUCCGAUGAUGACCAACCAGAUCAAUCCACGGCGUCAUCCUCCUCCACCCUCCAUGACCCCGAUUCCAAACCCUCUCCGCCCUCCCACCUCCGUCUCCGGCCAUCCCGCCGUCAACUCUCCGGCGACGACUCCAACACCUCCACUUUACAAUCCUCCCAAACCGACGCCAGGCUCAACUACCGAGGCAGAAAGUUCAGACUUCGCCGGAAUUUCAACCCGCCAGAGCCGAAUCAGGACCCGGUCCAGCCGGCGCAAGCUCCGACCGACCAGAAAGACGAGGGCUCGACUGUCACCACCGCCGCCAACGACGACGGAGUCACCGACUCGGCCGACUCGGCCACGCAACUCGGUGACUCGUCUUGUAACCCUCUUGUGUUCGUAGCUGGAUUAGUAAUCAAAGCAAUUGGGCUCCAAAUUAACCUAAUAAUUAGCAUUGUAACAUUCCCAGCUUGGAUUUUGUAUAAUGCCUACAUGUUAUUUGUUGACCCUUUACAAAUUGUGGGUAGAGGGAGAGAGUUUGUGAUGGCAAAGUUGGUAAAUUUAUCGGCUUUGGCCGCUGGAGCGGUGAGUCCUUUGGUUGGGGAGUGGGUGAAGGACAAGGACUCGGUUUGGAAGGCGGCAUUGCGAUUCGGGUGGGGUUUGCUGUGGGCGUUUUAUGUGGGGUUUGUGUUGUGUGGUCUUUUGGUGUCGUCGCUUUUUUUUAGUGCGGUUUUUAUGAGGUACAUUGUGUCCGAGCCGCUGCAGAUGAAGGAGAUGUUGAACUUUGAUUACACUAAGCCUAGUCCGGUGGCGUAUUUGCCGGUGGUGUCGUGUGCAGGGGUCAGUUGUGGUGUGGAUUGUUAUGAGAAGGUUAAGGAUGGGGUGAUUUUGGGGUAUCGGGUUAUACCUGCGGGGCAUAAAUUGGCGGCUAGUGUUAAGUUUGUGUUGCCUGAAUCGGAGUAUAACAGGAAUCUUGGGAUGUUUCAGGUCAGGGUAGAUUUCCUGUCUGCAGAAGGCAAAACCCUUGCCAGUUUGAGCCAUCCAUGCAUGUUAUAUUUUAAAAGCGAGCCAAUCCGCCUUCUAUUGAUGUUCAUAAAGAUUGUUCCUCUGGUGUCUGGCUACAUUUCAGAGUCCCAAACUCUGAAUCUGAAGUUCCGGGGGUUCACGGAAAGUGAUAUUCCUACUGCCUGCUUGAGAGUGACAAUCGAACAACGCGCAGAAUUCAAUCCUGGUGCUGGUAUUCCCGAAAUAUAUGAUGCAUCUAUGACCCUUCAAUCAGAACUUCCCCUGUUCAAAAGGAUCAUAUGGAACUGGAAGAGUACUAUAUUUGUUUGGAUGAGUAUGAUGAUGUUCGUUAUGGAGAUGCUCUUUGCUCUCGUCUGUUGUAGACCUCUAGUUAUUCCGAGAGCAAGGCCAAGGGCUGCUUCUGUCAACACCAGUCGCACUCGAGCUCAAACCAGCGAUCCAGUACGAAACUAGCUGGAAGAUGCUGGUACUUGUUGAAGUAGGGUAACCCUUGGUAGAUGAGUGUUUAGCCUGUUAGUCUUUAGCUUCAAAUUCUCCACCCAAUUUUUUAAUUCUUUAACCGCAGUGUAAAUAAUGCUGACUGUGUUUUGGUAUUUUGAAAUUUUAGUUUCCUUAUAAAUGCUGGAAAGUGCAUAUGCAGUUCGUUUUACAUCUGCAUUCUA